AUGUGCAACGCAAGACAAUGCACGAAGUAUGAUGACGCGUUCUCCGUUGUGUUUCUCUUGCAGCAAGGAGUAGUAGCAGGUGUUGUACGGUUGCUCGGGUGUCUACUUAAAGGAUUGGGUACUGCCAAGCCUGGAGACUUCUGCGUUGCCCUCACACUGCUGCUGGAAGACCUCCUCACCAUCGUAUACCGCUUGUUAAGCCUUCCAAAUAGUCAACAGUUUCGAGGAAAGCUCUCAGCCACGUGCAGUAGAAACCCACCUCCAUUCAGUGAUGGUGCUCCAAAGAAUCUCAAGUGUGGGCGUCCUAUCAAGAUCACACUGCCUGACAUAGCUAACAUUGGAGCCUGUUCGAACGAGACCCUGGUUGCCUGCCCUCAAAAUGCACCAGCCCAGAGGCGGCAAUACUCCAACCUCUUCACCCUUCUUGGAUGUGUCUUGAACAACUUGGGACAGCAGACGCUGGACAAGGUCGUCAAGAAUCUUCUGUGUGAUAUACUUCGGGCUGUACUCCGCCUUGUGGGCAAACCUACCGGUCCUGGGCUUAAGAAUGCUGGAAAGGGCACUCCACUUGAACCACUAGGAAAUAGUCUCGGAGAUAAUGCUGGCCAACUGUUGGACAGGCUUAGACAGGGGACGAACCAACUGAGAAACGCACUGCGCAACCAAUGUCCCAACCUUGCAUGAGUGCCAUGGAAGCAAGCAAAGGAUAUUGCCAAUAUUUUCGCUCAGGGUCGUAAAAUACACGUCUUGCCUCUGAGAGAUAAGAACGGGCUUUUGUUUGUGGUUUUUCUUGCUGGCGCUCUCUUUGUAUAUCUGCACGAAGAGCCCUCAUCGUUUGAUCUGUACGCACUGCACGUCACUUUGGGCACUGGGGGUUGUCAGGAAGGAAUAAAGUGCCCGUUCUUUGUGCUCUCGUGAG